UCUCCUAAUCUUUUGUCUUCUUUCCGUUUACCAGUUCGUCCAUCGUCUUCGUCUCUGCUGUGGAAAGCUGAAGAGGAGCAGUUGCAUUCUCAUCUCUUUCUCUUUGCUAAGGAAAUCAGGAGCUGAUUGGAACCAGAGAUGCAACAAGGAGAUUACAAUUCCUUCUAUCAAUACCCCCCUCAUCCUCAAAACCCUAACCCCAAUCCCAAUCCCAAUCCCAAUCCCAAUCCUGCUUUAAACGAUCACCACCAGACUUCAUACGCAUCAGCACCUCCGUUCACCACCACUUAUGCCCCUUCCGAUUACCCCGUUUACCCCACCAAUUACCCUCCUUAUACACAACAUCCCUAUCCCGUCCCUGCUCCCACUGCUCCCUUGUACAAUCCACUGACGCCGCCUCCGCCUCCUGCUACGACUGCUUCUCUGAACCCUAAUAAUCUGCAAUCCUCAUUCAACCCGUCACCACAACCUCCUCAACCUUCUUUCCCUCCCUACGAUUCCAAUGGGCCCUACCAGCCUCCAAACACUCAGCAAUCCUAUUACCCGCCUUACGAUCAGAAGCAGACGGCUUCCAGUUACGCUCCUCCUCAACCUUCCCUUUCCUCCAUCGCACCAAAUCCUAACCCUACUGCCAAUCCACCAUACUCCUCCAUCUACACUGCCCCGCCAUAUAAUAAUCCUAUAGGAUCGUCGGUCCCACCUGCAUAUGAUAAUCCAUAUGAGAAUUCGCUGAAAUUUGAUCAAAGCGUCGGGUAUUUUGAUGAUAAAUAUGGAGGUUACACACGGGGCGGAUCUGAUUUUGGGUCGGAUCUAUAUGGGAAGCGACCAGAGAGCAGGUACGAUAUAGGUCGCGAUGAUGGGUAUGGGGAUGGCGUUUAUGCCUAUGAAGGGAGUAAGGUGGAGCCAUAUGGAGCCAGGGGCACUGCACCAAAAUCAUCAACUUGGGCUGGGUUCGAUGAUUAUGGGAGAGCUAUCAACUUCCCGUCUGGAAAGGACUCAUCAGUUGGUUCGGGAUCCGCUAAGAUUGUGCGAGCGGUACCAAAGGCAGAGACGCAACAGGAUGUUAAGAGUGGGGUCCAAAAGUUCAGGGUUAAGCUGCUGGCUGAAAGCGGAGGCCAGAGCACCAUGGAUGUACUUUGCCAGAUUGGUUUGGAUGGUAUUCGUAUGCUUGAUCCUAGUACUGGGCGGACUUUGAGAAUUUAUCCUCUUGAGAACAUAACAAGAUGCGAUGUAACUGAUUCAUCUACCUUCGCAUUCUGGUCCAAGAGUUCCGUGGAUAUUGAACCAAGACGUAUCAGAUUACAAUCAAAUAGUUACACUACCAACACACUUCUUGACAUAGUGACAGCAGCAACUGUGCAGGUCAAGGAGAUGGGUGGGAGCAGGAGGCCUACUGAAUCUUCCAAGACGCUUGAGCAGCCCACAGAAAAGAAAAAAGGGUUUGUUGAUUGGAUGAACUUGAUGAAACCUGGCAAUGAGGAGAAAGAUCAUUGGAUCCCUGAUGAAGCCGUUUCGAAGUGUACAGCAUGUGGGACUGAUUUUGGGGCUUUUGUGCGCAAGCAUCACUGCAGAAACUGUGGAGACAUUUUCUGUGACAAGUGUACCCAUGGUAGAAUUGCUCUUACUGCUGAUGAGAAUGCUCAGCCUGUUAGAGUUUGCGACCGAUGCAUGGCAGAAGUGACUCAGAGGCUUAGUAAUGCAAAGGAAGUAGCGAGUAAACCUGCAGGAUUGCAGUCUCAUGAGGAUCUUGCUAGGAAGCUUCAGGAGGAAAUGGAGAAAAAUCGCAAGGCAUCAUCAGGAUCCAAGUCAGAUGGGUCUGGGAGACGGAUGAGAGAAGUUGCCUGUCCUACUUGCACUGUCCAUUUGCAGGUCCAGGUGCCCAGCUCGGGUUCUGAAACUAUUGAGUGUGGAGUCUGUCAACAUCCAUUUCUUGUCAGUGCUCAUUGAUUUUGCAUCUACGUUCAUGAGCGGUGAAGGCGCCUAUUAUGAAGAUCGCGGAUAAAAAAUGCUAUUCCAAUUUAGGGUGAAAUGAAUGAUCCUAGUUUUGAGGAUAUCACUGGAAUUAAGUUGCGAAAACAGGCGUCAAGAGUUGUAUAUGGUUUAAUUAUUUACUCAUUUUCAUUCACAAUAUGCGCUGUGGAAAUGCUGCUUGGGAAGUUUCUAUGGAUUUGUGAUUUGAAGCGUGA